AUGAUCGCGGCCCAGGCCAAGCUGGUCUACCACCUGAAUAAAUACUACAACGAAAAAUGCCAAGCCAGGAAAGCUGCCAUUGCCAAAACUAUCCGGGAAGUCUGCAAAGUAGUUUCCGACGUCCUGAAGGAGGUGGAAGUGCAGGAGCCCCGGUUCAUCAGCUCUCUCAACGAGAUGGACAAUCGCUACGAGGGCCUCGAGGUCAUCUCCCCCACCGAAUUUGAAGUGGUGCUUUACCUUAACCAAAUGGGGGUGUUCAACUUUGUGGACGACGGCUCGCUGCCCGGCUGCGCGGUGUUGAAGUUGAGCGACGGGCGCAAGAGGAGCAUGUCCCUCUGGGUGGAAUUCAUUACCGCCUCCGGCUACCUCUCGGCGCGCAAAAUCCGGUCCCGGUUUCAGACGCUGGUGGCUCAAGCGGUAGACAAAUGUAGCUACAGGGAUGUGGUAAAGAUGGUGGCAGACACCAGCGAAGUGAAACUGAGAAUCCGAGAUAGGUACGUGGUGCAGAUCACCCCGGCUUUUAAAUGCACUGGGAUCUGGCCCAGGAGUGCUGCCCACUGGCCACUUCCCCACAUCCCCUGGCCGGGACCCAACCGGGUGGCGGAGGUCAAGGCGGAAGGGUUCAAUCUCCUGUCCAAGGAGUGCCACUCCCUGGCCGGCAAGCAGAGCUCGGCCGAGAGCGACGCCUGGGUGCUGCAGUUCGCGGAGGCAGAGAACAGACUGCAGAUGGGGGGCUGCAGGAAGAAAUGCCUCUCCAUCCUCAAAACCUUACGGGACCGUCACCUUGAACUGCCAGGCCAGCCCCUGAACAAUUACCACAUGAAGACUCUGGUUUCCUAUGAGUGUGAAAAGCAUCCCCGGGAGUCGGACUGGGACGAGUCUUGCCUGGGUGACCGGCUUAACGGGAUUUUGCUGCAACUUAUCUCCUGCCUGCAGUGCCGGCGGUGUCCUCACUACUUCCUACCGAACUUAGAUCUGUUUCAAGGCAAACCUCACUCGGCUCUCGAGAACGCUGCCAAACAAACGUGGCGACUGGCAAGAGAGAUCCUGACCAACCCGAAAAGUCUGGAAAAACUUUAG